ACAGGUGUUGGUGUCAUUUGAGGAUGUGGCUGUGGACUUUACCCAUGAAGAAUGGCAGACAAUGGACAAUACUCAGCGGACCCUGUACAGGGAGGUGAUGCUUGAGACCUAUAACCAUCUGCUGUCUGUGGGGUACUGCAUGGCAAAGCCUGAUGUGAUCUUCAAGUUGGAGCAAGAAUCAGCACCAUGGACAGUGAAAAAAUCUGUUAACCCGGGACUUCCAGGUUCCUACAGAAAGAAUGAGCUGCUAGGAGCUAAUCAGAAAAUUCAAGAAAUAAUCUUCAGGCAACCUAAGGAAAUGCCAUUUGGGAAAAAGUGUGCUUCUAAUGUCCCUGAGAACAGCCUCCAGAGUGGGGAAAGUCUCACUCAGCAGGACAAGAUGAACAUUACUCAGCAGUCUUUUGAACACAAUGGGAAAGAAAAAACUUUCAGCGCAAAGAAUUUCCUUAUGUGUGAUGAAGUUUAUACCAAAGACCCGCAUAAUAAACGACCUGUCAAUGUGGGCAAAACCAUUCAGGUUGAAAAGAAAAUGUUCCACAACAAUCUUUAUUUUGGAAAACAUCAGCAAACACAACCAGGAGAAAUACUCCACAAUCAUUUCAAUAGUGAGAAAUCUCUAUUGAAUAAAACAGAUGUGAAAGUAAAUCAGAUAAGCCAAAGAGCAAAGAGUCACUAUAUAUGUGUCUGCUGUACAAAAUCUUUUAGCUGUGCAUCUUUCCUUACCACCAAACAGAGAACUGACACAAGAGAAAAUUCCUAUGUGUGCAAUGAAUGCAAAGAACAUAUGUACCAGAAGUCAGAACUGACAAGAGGUCAGAUUCUUCAUACUAGAGAGAAGUCAUAUGAAUGCAAUAAGCUUGGGAAAGCCUUUGACAAGCAGUUAUCUCUCAUUAGAGACCAGAAAAUUUACACAGAGCAGAAAACGUACAAAUGUCAUGACUGUGGAAAAGCUUUUACCAAUCAAUCACAUUUUAUUAGACAUCAGAGAAUCCACACAGGGGAAAAACCUUAUGAAUGUAGCCAGUGUGGUAAAGCUUUUUCUCAGAAGUCAAGUUUAAUCAUGCAUCAGAGAAUCCACACAGGGGAAAGACCUCAUGAAUGUACUGAGUGUGGAAAAGCCUUUAUCAAACACUCAGUUCUUAUCAGGCAUCAGAGAAGUCACACAGGGGAAAAACCUUAUGAAUGCAGCCAGUGUGGUAAAGCUUUUUCUCAGAAAUCAAACCUAAUUUUUCAUCAGAGAAUCCACACAGGGGAAAAACCUUAUGAAUGUACUGAGUGUGGAAAAGCCUUUAUCAAACACUCAGGUCUUAUUAGGCAUCAGAGAAUCCACACAGGAGAAAAACCUUAUGAAUGUAGGCAAUGUGGUAAAGCUUUUUCUCAGAAGUCAAACCAAAUUAUUCAUCAGAGAAUCCACACAGGGGAAAAACCUUAUGAAUGCAUACAGUGUGGAAAAGCUUUUUCUCACAAGUCACACAUGAUCAUUCAUCAGAGACUUCACAGCAGGAGAAUUCCUUAUGAAUGUAGUGAGUGUGGAAGGGCUUUUAGCAACCACUCAAGUCUAAUUACACAUGUGAGAAUCCACACAGGAGAAAAACCUCAUGAAUGUAGCCAGUGUGGAAAAGCUUUUUCUCAGAAGUCACAAGUAAUCAUUCAUCAGAGAAUCCACACAGGAGAAAAACCUUAUGAAUGUAGCCAGUGUGGAAAAGCUUUUUCUCAGAAGUCAUCCCUAAUCAUUCAUCAGAGAAUCCACACAGGGGAAAAACCUUAUCAAUGUGCUGAGUGUGGAAAAGCUUUUUCUCAGAAGUCAAGUUUAAUAAUGCAUCAGAGAAUCCACACAGGAGAAAAACCUCAUGAAUGUACUGAGUGUGGAAAAGCGUUUAUCAAACACUCAGUUCUUAUUAGGCAUCAGAGAAGUCACACAGGGGAAAAACCUUAUGAAUAUAGUGAGGGUGGAGAAGCUUUCUCUCACAAGCCACCCAUGAUCAUUCAUCAGAGACUUCACAGCGGGGGAAUUCCUUAUGAAUGUAGUGAGUGUGGAAGGGCUUUUAGUGACCACUCAAGUCUAAUUACACAUAUGAGAGUCCACACAGGGAAAAAACCUCUUGAAUGUAGCCAGUGUGGAAAAGCUUUUUCUCACAAGUCACAACUAAUCAUUCAUCAGAGAAUCCACACAGGGGAAAAACCUUAUGAAUGUAGCCAGUGUGGUAAAGCUUUUUCUCAGAAGUCAAGUUUAAUCAUGCAUCAGAGAAUCCACACAGGGGAAAAACCGUAUGAAUGUGCUGAGUGUGGAAAAGCCUUUACCAGCUCUUCAAAUCUCUUUAGACAUAAGAGAAUCCACACAGGGGAAAAGCCUUAUGAAUAUAGUGACUGUGGGUCUCAACACAUCAGAAAAUCCACACAAGGAAAACUUUAUGAAUGUAGUGAGUGUCAGAAAGCCUAUUACAGAAAGUCACACAUCAUGAGACAUCAGAGAAUCCAAGCAGGAAAAGAACCAUACAGAUGCAGUGAGUGUGGAAAAUGCUAUUGCAGGCAGUCAAGUUUCAUUGCACAUCAGAAUUCACGCAGAAAACAUUAUGAAUGUAGAUCAUGUGCAGACGCCUUUUGGAAGCCUUCAGUUUUGAUUAAACUCAGAUAA